GUGACAGUUCGACUUAAAGUCAAUAUUGACAUGUCAAAGGUCAGUCAGAGGAAAGGUGUGGAUUGUAAAUGGAAUUUACAGUUUUCCAUGUACUCCCCGUACAAUAGUUAUUCUUAAAUGAUACAUCAGUAAAGUAUUUUCAAUGAAACAAUUUUUCGAUUUCUAAAUCGGACAUAGUCCCAUUAAUAGCGAAAUGGCUUCUGGAGACACGAUCGAAAUUGAUGCAAAUCAAUUGUCGAAUAUGAACAGUUCCAAGGAAAUUCCGGGAUAUCGUGAAUCAUCAGAAACCGAAGAUAAUGAUGAUAAAGAUGAUACAUCAGUGGCGUUCAAAAGUAUACAAGAUCUUAAUCAAAAAACACUUUCGAACGAUAACAAACCAAAAAAUGAAAGGGAGCGGAAGAUUGGUCAUCGGAGGGUCGGAGUGGGGGGAGAAAUUACGUAUAAAAAAAUUCAAUCAACACAAAUUAUGGGCUCGAUCCAAUUGGGUAUCCAACACGCCGUCGGCGGACUGGCUUCUAAACCGGAAAGAGAUUUGUUGAUGCAGGAUUUCAUGACCGUGGAAACGACAAAUUUCCCUAGCGAAGGCUCCAAUCACACGCCCGCUCACCAUUAUUCGGAAUUCAAAUUCAAAAAUUACGCUCCGAUAGCUUUCAGGUAUUUUAGAGACUUGUUCGGUAUCCAACCGGACGACUUUUUGAUGUCGAUGUGCAAUACAAGAUUAAGGGAAUUGUCCAAUCCCGGUGCCAGCGGUUCCAUAUUUUACGUCACCGCCGACGACGAAUUCAUCAUUAAGACUGUACAACAUAAAGAGGGGGAAUUUUUACAGAAACUGUUAGCUGGUUAUUACAUGAAUCUAAAUCAGAAUCCUAGGACACUGUUACCGAAAUUCUUCGGGCUUUAUUGUUAUCAAUGUAAUAGUAAAAACGUAAGACUGGUCGUUAUGAAUAAUUUACUACCUAGCAACAUCACCAUGCACCAAAAGUAUGAUCUGAAAGGUAGUACUUAUAAAAGGAAGGCCUCGAAAGCGGAAAGGGCGAAACGGGCGCCCACCUACAAAGAUUUGGAUUUUAUGGAACACCAUCCGGAAGGUAUUUUCAUGGAAGCUGAUACGUAUAACGCCCUAACCAAGACGAUCCAGAGGGACUGUAGAGUAUUGGAAAGUUUCAAAAUUAUGGAUUACAGUUUAUUGUUGGCUAUACAUAAUUUGGAUCAGGCGCAAAAGGAAAAAAUGGAAAGGAAAUCUCAGAGUCACUUGGAUAAGUUGGUGUCCGAAGGUCAGGCAGGUGAUACGAGUUCGAAUAUGAUACUCGAAGAAAGAGAGAGAGAAAAAGAAGACAGAAUGAGUACCGCCGCUGCAGCAGCGGGUGGCGGUGCUUUGAAUCGCAGUAGGUCGAUAAAUAGGCAAAGACUUGUCGCGCAUUCCACGGCCAUGGAGAGCAUCCAGGCUGAAUCUGAACCCAUAGACGAAGAUGAUGAUACGCCACCUGGAGGUAUCCCAGCUAGGAACGAAAAGGGGGAACGUCUUCUAUUAUUUAUAGGGAUCAUAGAUAUUUUACAAAGUUAUAGGUUAAAGAAAAAAUUGGAACACACUUGGAAGUCGAUGAUUCACGACGGUGAUACAGUAUCUGUACAUAGACCGAGUUUUUACGCCCAACGAUUCCAAAAGUUCAUGUCGCAAACUGUAUUCAAAAAAAUUCCGUCACCUCUGAAACAUUCUCCGUCUAAAAGGAAGUCGUUGUCGAGACCGUUGGGCAGGCACGAGGAAACUAAUGAAAGAGAAACUAUUCAGGUGAAAGUGAGUAACACUGUUGGAAACAAAACCGUCGUCCAAUCCGAAGUAGAAUCGACGAAAGCUGCGCAAUUACCGGCUUCCUGUACUCCGCUUUCGCCCGUUUCUUCCCCACCUCCAUCGGCCUAUCCCGCCGUUUUGGUUGGGCGAUCGAACGGCGAAUGUAAAGGCAAAGUACCGCCACCAGUACCGCCUCGUGGUACUCCGAAAGUGAAGCGCGAACGACAGAAUAAAGGUGCGAUGUUGACGGUAGAGGACGCUUCUGAUUGGCAUGCGCCAGAAUUACGUGAUCUCAAGAUUGAGUAUAGUAUAGCGCCGAGCUGCUGCAGUACGCCGCCGCCGACUUACGAAGGCCUUGACGACGACCCGUCUCACGUCAGACUGGCCAUGGGAGCGGCCUCGUCACUACCUUCCCAAGUACAUUCGGGUUCGCAUUCUUCUCAUUCGACCCAAUCGUACGCAUCCUUACAUCAUAUCGCCGUUAGAAAUUACAAGGACGAUCCUGUAAGCUUUAGUGACAUAAAGUUAGAAUCUCGGCCAGAAAAUAAAUCGUCAUCGCUUAGCGUAGAAUCGGGCAGUUCGGGUGCGGGUGGACACUCGAGUCAUUCCAGGGGGUUGGCAUGGACGCCUCCGACCUCCGUUGAAGGCUCCACACCGACCUGGACUGAAGGUACACCCUCUUUUACCGAAUCAUCAAGUAGUGGAGAUAUGGGAUGUCCCACGACUCCAUUGAAGCAAGGAACUCAUUCGUCUAUGAAAUCACACCACAAAAAGACCGUAGAACACGCUAUCAACUGUCUUACCACUGAAAUGAAUUCUUCCAGUUUGACGACGGAUCCAACGAGAGCGAGGAAGUAACAAAGCACUUUGAAAAAAGUCGAUGUAUCGUUAAUUUGUUGAAGCCUCGUUCGGAAAAAUGGGGGAAAAAUAAAAUCGUCCGGCAGAUGACGCGAGCGUUCGUCUACUUUUUUUAUAAUAAAAAUCUCGACUGAAUAGCUCGGAUUUUUCCUGGAUAAAUAAAAAAAAAUGACAGAUCGAUGCGCCGGUGUUUUCGUAAAGCUUUUGAAAAUCAAUGUACAAAAAUUUGGUGGCACGUUUUGUUUUGUGUAAAAGUUUCUGCUGCAGAUGAUCUGUGAUGAGGUUACGGCUUUCCGUUUGUAACCGUAUCAUAUUUUAUCAGCUUUUAAUUAUAUAAAUAUGAAUAUAUAGAUAUAUGAUUAACAAGUUA